GAGAGAGCACGCCUGCGCGGAAUCCCCGGGCGGGCGCGGGCAGUGCCACCGGAGGCCCGGCGGUUUCAGAGCUUCGCCCGGGACGACGAACCGCGGACGAGCCGAGUGCGGGAAACCCGGUCGCGUUUCACAGUACGACCGACCGAUCCACACCGAGUAUACCGUGCGUCCGUGCAACGGGGAGUACAACCGCGGGGUAAAAAGAAGAAGAGGGGGGGGAAGGGUGGCCCAAUUGUACGCAGGCAGACCACUUCGUGACCUUGGUGCGCGCGACACUUCGCGUCUUCUUCGGGAGUAAUAAAGGGAGAAAUUUAAUUCUUGGUACCCCUUUCCAAUCGGGAUCGGAUACGCACGGUGAAGGAGUGCACGGUGAACCCCAUGCGCGAGACACGGCCCACAAAUUAGAUGCAACUCGGCCUCGAUCCGCCGUUUAGCGUUCGCGACUAUCCACCUGCGAGAUAAUGUGAUAUCAUAGUGUUAGACGGAGGAAGAUAAAGGAAGAGAGAGAGAGAGAGAGAGAGAGAGAGAGAGAAAGAGAAGGAAGGGAAAAUCGGUGCACAAAACAAGAACAGUAACGAGGGAGUUGCAACGAAAGGGUUGCAACGACGAGUAACGCGGGAGUAUGCGCGGAUCCUGGUAGCACCGGCUGUUGUUGGAGGAUGAACGGGACGACGACGAAGGAUUAUUAAGUGAAGGAUCACGGGGAGAGAAAGAGGGGUGCGCAUCGCGGUGUUCCAUGCGAUGUCAGUGGACCUGUCGUCGGGGACAGUUACGCCGUCGUCGUCGUCGUCGCCGUUGUUGUUGUCGUCGUGAUCACCAUGAGGAGGUCCUCCUACGUCAACUACUACGUCCUAUGCCUCGUGUGCUGGAUCCUACUAGGUAUUACCGGGGUGAGCACGAGAUCUCAUUCGUUGGUGAAGAGAUUCGACGGGAUUUACACGGGGCCUUACUUCGACUCGAACACCCCAACGAAUAUCACGGCGCAGUUGGGCACUCAUGCUUACCUACCGUGCAAAGUGCGGCAGCUUGGUAACAAAUCAGUCUCUUGGAUCAGAAGAAGGGACUCGCAUAUCCUCUCGGUGGAUAGAACCAUGUUCAUCCCGGACGAAAGGUUCCAGGCGAUUUUCGGGGAGGCGGACACGUGGACGCUGCAGGUGAAAUACGUCCAGGCGCGCGACGAAGGCGAGUACGAGUGCCAAAUCUCGACAGACCCGAAGAAGAGUCACAUCAUCAAGCUCAACAUCGUCGUGCCAAAGAUCGAGAUCUUGGGGGACCGUGACAUGUACGUGAAGACCGGAAGUACAGUCGCGAUACGAUGCGUGAUAAAGCAGUCCCUCGAGGGCCCGUUCUACGUCUUCUGGUACCACGAGGGUGACCGCGUUCUAAAUUAUCAGCUGGGCAAGAUCGACAUUCAGACGAAGAGGAUCGAGCAGGAUACGGUGAGCAGCCUUGUGAUUCACAACGCGAGACGGGAGGACUCGGGUAAUUAUACUUGCAGCCCGAGUAACUUGGAUAGCGCGAGCGUGCAGCUGCAUGUGCUGAACGGGGAACACCCCGCGGCGAUACAGAGAGGCAUCAGUUCGGCGCCAGGCGGCUGUCCUACUCUGUGGUGGCUGGCAGGGGUGGUGACGCUGUACUCGAGUCACGGUAGCCGCAUGUUCGUCCUCCUUCUUCUGAUCCUUAUGGUUCUCUACUCGAAAAUCCAUCUCAUUUUGCGACGGAACGAUAAUCAGGCAAGACCGCAAGGAUGGUAUACGCGUAUAAUCGAUUAUCUCCUGCUACGAGACCCCGACUACCUCGAGAGAAGAGAUCCUCGACGUUGUGUGGACCGAUUUUCAGAGAUCAAUAAUAAAAGGGCGGAGAGUGAAAGGAUUUAAGGAAGAUAAGGAGGGUAAUAUGG